CUACACUGGAACGUCUCAACUCUGACACCAACCUAAGCAAAAUGCAUUCCCUCCUCGUCCCUCAAAUUCCCAUCGACGCUCCAUCUCCAUCCGAACUCCUCCAACUACCCACCGGCGAAAACGGCUACCACUGGAUCCUCUCCGAUGCAGAGAGAAACCAUAUCGCCAAGAUGCUCGAUGUGGAGGACAAAUCCCUCCUCACCCUGCGCGGUAGCCGGAUGAUGCGGGAGCGCGCAACCUGCUCCGGCUGCGGCAAGCACUCCGGGCUCGAUGACCUCGUCCACAACGCUCUGUAUGCCGGCAUCCACGGCAAGGCGUUCAUGUUAGACGUGCUGGUGCACGGACCCAAGGCCGGUAGUCCUGGGCAUGAGAUCACUUGCUCUGGCUGUGGGUCUGUCCAUGAUGGGCGCUUUUAUUGGAUUCCGAGUCUUCCCUGGUGA